AUGGCAAUCAAGUCAUUGGAAUCGUUCCUUUUCGAAAGAGGUCUUGUAGGGUCCUAUGCCAUUGAGGCUUUGAAUAAUUGUACUCUAGGUAUAGACGUCAACCAUUAUGUUUCCAGAUUGUUGACCAAUAAAAGAGAACAGUAUUUGGAUGCCAUUGGUGGCUUCCCUACCAGUUUAAAAAUGUAUUUGGAAAGUGAUUUAAAGAUAUUCAAGGAUUUCAAUAUCACCCCUAUUUUCGUCUUUAACGGCGGUUUAACUUACAAUCAGUUAGAGGCAUCCGGCCACUUCACUGCAGCAUCUGCAUCCGCGUCCAUUUCGUCAGCCACUGCUGGAAGCGGUGGUACCAACGCUACAACAAGAUCGAACACGGAAUCCGUUCUUUUACAGAGAAAUAGAGGUUGGACACAAUGGAACAACUUGGUUAGUUCGAAUCAAAAUUCCUACAUUGACCAGCCUAUUCAACCCCAGGAACCAUUCAGACAUAAUACCCCAAUUGACUCCAAGGCUUACCAAAACGAUUUGAUCGCUUAUUUUAUUGAGCAUGGUUAUAUGUAUCAAGUGGCUCCUUACUCCUCUUGGUUUCAACUAGCAUACCUAUUGAAUAGCGCUUAUAUUGAUGCCAUCUACGGCCCAACAGAUUGUUUGAUGUUAGAUUGUGUUGAUAGGUUCAUUUUGGGCAUGGAAUUUCCAAAUAAAGAAUUUCGAUUCAUUGACAGGUCAAGGGUCAUGAAGGAUUUAGGCUGUACCCAUGAAGAGUUCAUUGAUAUUGCAAUGGCUGUAGGUAACGAUUUGCAACCAACAACUUUACCACCCUUGCAGAUUUAUCCGGUUCCUCAGCUAUUUGAUAUUGCUUUAGAAAUGGUUUUGAACACAGGCACAAAUUUUUAUGCCUAUCAACUGUCUACAGCCUUACAAAAUGACUCGAAAGAGAAUAUUCAAAACUAUCAAAGGGGUAUAUCUGCACUAAGAUACAUGCCAGUCUUAAAGGAUACAGGUAAGGUUGAGUUAUUUGUUCAAGAAGUCGUUGUUUCAGAGGAGGACAGUGAAAAAAACAACAAGGACGGAAAGAAGAGUAAUCUUUCCUCACCAUCCUCUGCGUCCUCAAGCGCUUCUCCUGCCACUCCUAUGGCCAAGAACGCUAGCGAAAAGUUAGCUUAUGAAAAAUUCAGUACUAAAGAGGUUAGGAAACCAAGAGACAUUCCUAAUGAUGUGCAUGAUUUUAUCGGCCAAAUGUUACCUCACGAAUACUAUUUCUAUAGAUCCAUAGGGCUGGUUACUGGAAAGUUAUUUGACGCAAUUGUCACAGGCGUUUAUCCUGAAGAGUCUCCAUUAGGUGGAGGAUCCGCUACUUCCUACAGAAAACUGGUUUCCAAGUCUGUUGAAAUUUUCAAGAAUAAAGAAAUUAAUUUAUUGACUCAACCAAUUAACAGAUAUUAUCAGAUUAAACAAAUUAAACAAGUCAAAUGGUACGCGCCAAAUGAGCCUAUCACUUUGGCCAACAGAAUGACACCUUCUAUGUUUGAAACUAUCAACCACUUAAUUGUUAAAACAGAAACCUCUGGUGAAAAGGAAUUUUCUAUCUAUGAGUUCAUUGCAGCAAUAAAUGCUUCUAGUGACAUGGCAAAAGAUUUUAUAUAUGAGAAAGUUAUUUUCCCAAACUCCGUACCAAUCGAAUCUAAAUUAAACUCACCAUUUGAUUUGUUGUCAACGAAUUUCUUAAGAUUAUUAGUACUAUUGGAGUUUUUCACUUUCGACUUCAAGGAAAAACUGCUAAAACCAACUAAAUGGGGGGAAGUAUUUUUGAAAUUAAAUGAGCUCGAUAUCGAUCGUAUGUAUCACGAAUCGGUUGUUAUCUUUUUGGUAUUUUUGAAAUGUGACGUUUUAAAACUUAACGAAGAAGUUCAACCACCAGCUCCUUCAGCCCUGUCUCAGGCAACUCUCCGUUCAUAUCCUGAAGAGUCUUUGUACGUCCUAUUGAUUACGCGUGUAUUAACUUUGUUUCAGGUGGACCAAAAACCAUCGAAUUACCAUGGGCCUAUUGAUAAGAAAACAUUAAUUUUUAGAGAUCAUCUCUCUUUCAUAAAGGAAAAUUUAAACGAACUUUUUGAAGCCGUUUUGAUUUCAUCUUUAACUUCAGGUGAAUUCAAUAGAUUAUCACUUGAUAACUUUGGUUGGGCAAAGGAAAUCGUUACACAUUUACCGUUUAAGUUAAAUUCUCCAAAUACUAUCAUGGCUAUGAUGUGGGAGUUCUUUUUACAAAAGUAUCUUCACAAUGGUAAUGCCAAGAAUGAUGCAUUGUCCUUAGUUGCUACUGAAUUCAAUACCUAUAAAUCCACACCUAACCUUGAUGAACAGUUUGUUGAAUCCCAUAAGUUUCUGCUUGAAGUUGCAAAAGUAAUGGGGAAGUUAAAUGAUGCAAAACUAAUUGGAGAAAAUGAGUUUAAAUUAUUUACUAAAGCAAUUGAGUUUGCUACAACUGCUCUAUCUAGCUGA